UUGGGGUUUGGGCAGCAAAUUUUUUACUAUUUUUUUAUUUAUUUUUAUUUAAGGGCCUGUCGAGUGUCGACCCACAAGGCUGGGUCGGCUCGAGCCAACUUUCCCGAUAUGGGGCUCGGCCUGAGCCUUGGCUCGGAGGCUCCGAGCCAAGGGGUGGCUCGAGCACGAAGCCGAUCAACAUCCCUGAUGUCUCGUAGCCAGUUGUAAUAAACAUAUUUUAUUUAUUUUUCCAUAGUACAAUCCCGCGGUUGGCUGAGUGGCUAGUUUCAGUUGACUUGAGCGAUCUGAGGUUCUCACAGAAAUCGGCAAUGAUUAAUUGGCACAGCCUGCCAUUGCUACUAUGGGAGCAGAACUCGUUUCGAUCAGCCUCUUUAUUUUCUUGUUUGAUGCCUCAAAACAAGCACAAAAGCUGCUGAUAUCAUUUUUUCAACCCAUAAAUUCUUCCUCAGUUUUGAUGGAUCCUCAUUUCUUCGAUCAAUACGGUACUUGAGUUACUUUUCUUGCUGUAUAAAUAGUUGACCAUCGUUUGUUCAAUUCAGUUGCCCAUUGGUAAUUUGUAGCUAUUUGUAUGUUAUAAUUUAUAUGCUGCUUGUUUAUUCUCCACCACAUAAUUAAAAGUUUUUUGGGUUGGAAUAAAGUCGGUUUUGCGAACGCUGUAGAUAUAAUAUAUAUUUAAGCUCUUUUACUAUGGUUUUCUUUUCAAAUUUGAAGAUAUUAAAUGAUAUUUGUACAAAUUUGGGUAUUUAAUUCUGUUAAAUUUUGAUCCAAGUGAUUUAUACUCCUGAAUUCCACUAGUGGCAUUAUACUUCAAUCUCAUCAUAAAUUCCAGCCUUUAUUCUCCUGUUUGAUUUCUUCUUCGAGAUUACAACUCAAGUGUGAUGAAGGCGCACAAAAUAUAAGGAAGGAUGUCUAAUCCUUAGCUCUGAGUCUUCUACACUUGUCUAAUUUCCUAUUUUAUUUUUUAUAUUUCAGAAGGUCAGGUUAUACAACCGCACCUUUAAUUCAUUUUUGUUCUUUCCAGCAUUAAUAAAUACUCCAUCUUCGUGUGAUCUGAUAUAAACUAAAUCUAUCAAAGCCUUUCAUCGAUGUUAAAAAGCUCCACUGAACAUUAGAAGCUGAUGUCAAUUAUCUGUGGCCUUCCCCUUCCCAUCCUUGAGUGUGUAUACUGUUUGGCUUGUGCUCGGUGGGCAUGGAAAAGGUGUCUCCACAGCGCAGACCACGAUAGUAAGACAUGGAGCCUUGCCACACCUGAAGAAUUUGAACCUGUUCCCAGGCUUUGCCGUUACAUACUGGCUGUCAAAGAGGAUGAUCUCAGACACCCUCUUUGGGAGCCUCCUGAAGGGUACGGAAUUAAUGCUGAUUGGAUAAUUACGAAAAGAAGUUACAAGGACACAAAUGGAAGAGUCCCCCCUUAUUUAUUGUACGUUGAUCAUGGCCAUGCCGACAUUGUUCUUGCUAUUAGAGGACUUAAUCUGGCAAAGGAGAGUGAUUAUGCAGUUUUACUUGAUAAUAAGCUGGGGAAAAGGAAAUUCGAUGGGGGUUAUGUUCACAAUGGGCUGUUAAAAGCAGCAGGUUGUGUUUUGAAUGCAGAAUGUGAUGAUUUGAAGGAAUUGGUAGAGAAAUAUCCAAAUUAUACAGUGACUUUUACAGGACAUUCUCUAGGGUCGGGUGUGGCUGCAUUAUUGACAAUGGUGGUUCUUCAGAAUCGUGAUAAACUGGCUAACAUUGAUAGGAAGAGGAUCAGGUGUUAUGCUAUUGCACCUGCCAGAUGCAUGUCACUCAAUUUGGCUGUAAGAUAUGCUGAUGUCAUCAACUCUAUUGUUCUUCAGGACGACUUCUUACCUCGUACAGCGACCCCUUUGGAAGACAUCUUCAAGUCGCUUUUCUGUUUGCCUUGCUUAUUAUGUUUAAGAUGCAUGAGAGAUACAUGCAUAUCAGAGGAGAAAAUGCUCAAAGAUCCAAGGAGGCUGUAUGCUCCAGGUCGCCUCUAUCACAUUGUUGAGCGUAAACCUUUCAGAUGCGGAAGAUUUCCACCAGUUGUGAGGACGGCAGUCCCUGUCGAUGGCAGAUUUGAACAUAUAGUAUUGUCUUGCAAUGCCACUUCUGAUCAUGCCAUCUUUUGCAUAGAGAGAGAAGCACGGAAAGCUCUCCAAAAGGAUUCAUGUGCGUGGGCAUGUGUGCGCGGGUGUGUUUAUUUAUGUCUCUAUGUAUUUUCCUCCAGCAUACAUGAACCUCAACACAUGAAAGUGCAUGUCAUUCAGAAAUCCUUUGCCCCAGAAAUUUGAAAUGGCCUAUUGCCCAUG